CCACGUCCAAUACUAGUACGCUGAUCAGGUAAUGAAUGUUGAGCACGGUAACCGUGUGUCAACAAGACUAAAUUUGAGCGAACGCACUCGAAUGCAGGUUCAGGCCUACAAAUGACGUAAUUAAACCCUGAGAAGGAGCUUCGAGGACCCCAUAAGUAGACGUACUUGAGAAUGAAGAGAGACGUCAGUUGCACAGUAUGCAGAUCAGCAGCCUCUGGUCACUCCAGGGUCAUGGAUCCCAUCGGCAUAGCACUUUCUGUGUUCCAUAAUCAAUAUCACUGCCUCCGACUAAACUUGGGAAGGUGACCACAAAAUAACCACAGGUCACAGACGGCACAAGGACGUUCACGCUGUGCCAUUCUCCCCAGCAUGAAUUCCUUCUCUUGGAAAUACGGCGCGGAAGAACGGCAAACACUGUGAGUAAACCUGCCCGGUCAAAGGCUCCCUCAACCCACGCGUAUCGCGUACACACCUGGAGAAAAAGCGUAAACAACACGCAGCUAGACAGCCAGCCAGUGACAUGCCUGAUGCUCAGAAACCUGGGGUAAAGCGAAGAGUGACACGAUCAUCUUACCUUUUGUGGAGCGGCUACCGAAUCCUCUCUGCAAUGAAUUCAUUGCUGAACUUAGUCAUGAAGUUUUCUAGCAACGCUUUCUCCGAAUUUUCAGUCCGGCCCUAGUGGAGAUGAAAGUCCUCCUGGUCCCUGUGGCAUCCUAAUUGGUCUCAACUAUAAAUCCAGAAACCUUGCCUUCACCCCUUUCAGAGACGUUUAUUGACGACACUGCGAGCUACGUAUUCCUGCGAAGACAGCUUUCAGUUUCCGUUGGCGAAGAGUUAGACAGCUUUCAGUUUGCUGCUUACUUCGAAUAACCUCCAAGACUCUACCUGAAGUGCUGUUGCUGAGCUCAUCUACCUGGACGAUAUUCAUAACACAGUGCUAACGCAAUGCGGCACGACGAGUACACCCCAAUAGCACCGUCGCCAAAGUCCAUCGGCUCGAUCUCAGCAACACGAUUGUCAGUCAGUGGCGGUGGCAGCGUAAUGGACACUCGCUCUUCCUCAUCCAGUACUUCGUCUAACCACCUGGCUCGCGCCGCUGAGCUCGACGGAGCUCGCAUGCUCUCACCCCACGCUGCUUCUCCGGCAGGUGCUUCAUUGGUAUCUAACGCCAGCCUUGGACAGUAUCAGAAUGUCAGUGCCUCUAUUCCAUUCACGCAGACGCGCUACACGAUAGCGAAUGCACCCCAAGCACAGGUUUUCAUGGCUCCGCAAGGCGUAUUAGCUAUGUGCAGCCCGACCAAAGCGAGCUCGCAGAUGUCUGCACAGCCAAUUUACUCCAUUCAGCCGGCAACACAGUAUCGUGUGCACCAGACAACGAUGACACCGCAGGGGACUCCGCCGAUGAUCGUCCGGUCCCCUGUCAGCGCGGGUGUGGCAAGCAGUGCAGGAGCUUUGCCUGCGGUGGCAGUGCCUCAUCACCCGCAGGCCAUCCUACACGGAGUGGACCAGAGCCAGCUAGUACCCUACCAGUUAGUCAAUGGAGCUGCCCCUGUGCCAACGUCCUUUACCUAUCCGACCGGUCUUCCAGCAGCCAGUCCUGUUAGCCAGCCACCAGUGUUCAUGCCUGUGACGGCGGAAGCUCCAAUCUUGCAAUUACCGAUAGCCGUACCGACUGCAAUGCACCAAGUCGGGCAAGGCACACCGGACAGUGAGCGUAGAGAGAGUGCCGCAGUAUCACCUCCAGGAAGAUUCGGUUCGGCCGGUGGUGCAACUUCUGACGGCCAAGCGCUGGUGCGUGAACGACGUCUGUACGGUAACCCUGCAUCGGACCCAGCUGCUGUAGCCAUGCCUGGCGGACGACACUCCUACCGCUGCGUGGCGUGCAAUUUAACCUUUGCCUACCGGCACCAGCUCGAACAACACUUCAUGGCACACCGCGGACUCCAGAAGCAAAUUCUCUGCCACAUCUGCGGCAAGUGCUUUCCUCGCGCCGAUCACGUCAACCGCCACGCAUCCAGCAAACACACGGCUGCAACGUACGCGUGUCAGCUGUGCGACGAGGACUUCAGCAAAGCGUACAGCUUGCACAAGCACUGGAAGGACACACACAUAGCGCACGUCGGACUGAUCCGCAGUGAAACUGCCACCAUGGGUAGCACCUCCACGACCGACGAUGAGAAGCCCGGAGAAGAUCCUAAUAAAAUGGAGGUGGAUGUAGGUGAGCCCUUGGCGAGUGCGAUAUUAAACGGACAACCCUUUGUUGUCACCGGGAACCUGACAUCAUCAGGUGUAUCAUCUGCGAUAACUGCCAGUACAAGCAUGAGUGCAGAUUCACGCCAGCAUGUAGCGGCCAGCGCUGGACAACCACGGGGAGUUCGCGGUGAGCCUAUGCUCCCUCGCCGAUACCAAUGCGAACAGUGCAAUCGCAGUUUUGCUCGCUCUGCACACCUCCAACGGCACCGUCGCAUCCACACCGGCGAGAAGCCGUUCACGUGCUUCAAGUGCUUCCGCUUCUACGCCCGUGGGGACUACCUGCGCACACACCUCACCACGCAGCACAACCGAACGGCAAUGGAGUGCGAGGUCUGUUCGGAGCAGUACGAUACCAUCAACAAACUGCUGGAGCACAUGAAGGCGCGCCACGGUCGCGCAAAGCCCUGGUUCUUGCAGCGCAGCGACAGGCCCGAGGGGCAGGCUGCUUCUGCUAUGGCUCCGAGCGAUGGCAUGCAGGAAGCUGACGCCUGGUCAACAUGUGGAGUUGGCGAUGUUGAUCGAGAUGACCUGGACACCCCCGGUUCUGUGGACGGUGGUGACGACGACUCUUAUAGUGAGGAGGGCGAUAUGUAACUGUAUUACGUUUCCUCUGCCUCUGAAAACGUUUCCAUGCUGGAUUGUGUGACUAGAUGUUCACCGAUAAUUUUCCGCUUCGUGUAGCUCUUUCACGUCCAUUCUUCUCACAGUCUGUUUAUCAUUGUCUGACAAACUUAGCAUGUAUCUCACAGCUGAGUAGUGUAGUGUACAGUUGUUGUUAUUGUAGUGUACAGUUGUUGUUAUUGUAGUGUACAGUUGUUGUUAUUGUAGUUUGUUGUUGAGAUGUUCUUUUGUAUCGGACCAAACGGGCAAUGUUCCCCAAAAUUAUGAUGGCGAUAAAGUAACGUCCAAAAGCCAAGAAUGCAGUCCUAGUAAGACCAUCACUACUCAGUGGAUAUUACGCCACGCUCAUUGGCACACUCAGUGCAACCCGUUUUGCUUCAUUUCAAGUCUGUCUGUUCUCUCAUUAUCUUUUGUGAUGAAUCAUGCGUGGCUUACUUCCGUGACAGUCUCGAUUCUUUUCACGUUUCUGUGUUCUCUCAAUAUCGUUGUGGUUCAUCGUGGAUUACUCUCUUGACAUUCUUGACUGUACAUAGACAUAACCGACGAGGAGACGACAGUCGUAAAAUAGCAAUGAAAAAUAUCAUUUGCAUUGUACAUAGACAUGUUGAUGAUUGCACACAGACAGGUGAUGUGGGCUCUUCCUUUACUAUUCUGGUCCUGAUUCGUAGUGGCAUAUUAUGCCAUUCUAUUGUUGCAGUAUGAAGCUCAGCUGUUGAGGCAAUGCUACUCUUACUCAUAGUCCUAUUCUCAACUCGUAUCAAUAUGCUCCUUUCCUUCUCUACGGUUGCAAAGCCUAUUGUUGCAAAGCCUGUACGUAGUCAAUUACUUUCUUCCCAUUAUCAUCUGUCUGUGUAGCGAGCGCUUUUUGCCGACUGACUUGAAACUUGACGACCUCGCGUGGGACUUGCAGGUCACGUUUUCACCAUACCUACCACUAUUCUAAGGCCUCUUGAGAAUUCAUUUAUUUCCUCAUUUUUACCAUUUCAAAAAUUAGUGAUCUUAUCAAUGAAGAACUGAAUUGGUUGCAGAAUACAAAACAUGGCAUGAUGUCGAACAGCAAAA